AAGCAAGCAAAAAGCCGCCGCAGGCCCGCAGCUCGCGAACGAAGCCGCUGCUGCGCCUGGCCCUGGUUUGACGGCCGCAUCGAUCACCAACUGGUCGCUCGCCAACGCGACGUUGAAGACCGCACGCCCUGCGCACUCGCAAAGCCCUAGAACCGCUGCACACUCAAAGCCCAAGGAGACGCCGCCGCCGCAGCAAAACCGAUGGCCGAGGAGUCCAAGUCCACGACCCCGCCUUUACAAAAUCCCUUACCGAAAGACACGGACACGUCCCUCAAAACUUUUGAUGAAGUAGACGUCGAGGAGGCUUUGAACGGCUGGCAAAUACCGGAAGAGUACUUAGAAGAGACCAGACAAGGCUUAAAAAAGAUCUUCGGGGAUAUAGAUAUUACGAAACUACCUUUUGACGACAUCCCGGAAGGCUGCGACGACUACCCGCCGCCCGGCUCCGCGUGGGAGACCGCCUGGGAUAGGAAGCAGCGCGAAGACGCGGAAGACCCGCAGCUCCAAAGGGCCCUCAAAGAAUCAGCUAGGAUAGCGCCGAAGGUUGAUGUUUGUGAACCACCACCACCACCUCUGGUCACGAACACGGAGAAACCGAAGGACCUUGAGUCGGCCAAAAAACAGAUGUGGGCGGCUUUGGGCGCGACGCCGCCGGAGCAGGCCGAGGAGAAGGAUCUCGUGGAUGAUGGGUUGGGGACGAAGCGCGUCCGAAAAGGAAAAGAUUUUGAUGGAGAUGAACCGUGGGUCGUUCCCGAUUGGUACGACCCGUCCGGCAAGGACUGGACGCCCGAGCCCGAGCCCGAGACGGAGCCGCCCUUCGAACCGAAGACUAUCGACGAGUUGUUACAGGGUCUACAGUGCCCGCGCGGCUUGCACGAACAUGGUUUUGGCUCGUUCGAGAAACUCCCGCCGGAAAAAGGGACUUGGUUACCUACCGCUCUCUUCGAAUGCACGGAGCAAAUAACGAGUGAUAAGUGGGGCGGCGCGAAGACGUGUUUGACGAUCGCGCGGAGUGCGCUACCGGUGCUCAUCGGCGAGAUCAACAUGGACCACGAAAUGCUCCGCACGGUCGUAUGUGUCGGUGCCGAGGCGUCCGCUCAGAUCAGGCAGCACUUCCCGGCGCUGUGUGUGGUCGAGGUGUCGUCGACUCAAGUCGACUCAUACGGAGGGCCCUGUAUUGCUGUGGUGUGCGAUUGUGCGAGCGCGGGCGACGCCGCGUUGGCUCUCGCGUUCCGGUCGCACGCGUCGUUCGUCGUGUCUUGUUUUAAUGGAGACGGUGAAGCGACGGCCAAUGAAGAUCGGGUCGUCUGCAAGGACCCUUCCAUCGCUCGCUCCGAGUGGCUGUCGAAACAAAUGGGACCGCACUUGACCUACGCCGACAUCACGGAGGCGGCGAAAACAUCCCUGCCGGCUAGAACAGUCGUCGCUCUCGAUAAACUAUGCAGCUGGGGCGAGGAGGACGCGAAGUUCACGUGGGUCUGCGGGAAAUUGGUCGCGACGGACCCGAACGCUACAGACAUCAUCCUGGUGGGCACGCAGCGGGACGAGUACGACAAGAAGCUGCGGCGUUUGGGCUAGGGGUUGUAAUAUCAGGUAGAUGAUAGCCUUACCC